AUGUUGACGACAUUUCUCACCCUCCUCGCCGCGCUCGCACUGGCAGCCACCGUCACCGCCCAGGGCGACACCCUCGGCCUGGCGGAUGGCUUCCUGAGCUUCAGUACACAGAACUUCGACCUCGAGCUUGUCAAGGAUGCGCAGGUGCUGGUCUCUCUCAAGGCAUCGGGCGGCACCUUUGACUUUUUGCCAUUGGGCUAUCUCUCGGUCCGCGCUGGAAACGGCCAGUAUCACUGGGGAGACGUCACGUUUCGAUACAGGACUGUCGGCAGCACAACCUGGAUCGAUGGCGAUUCCUCCCAGGCACGAAACCCUGUAGCCUCCGUGUCGACAGCCAGCAACAGCACGGUCCUUGCAGCCUCCAACAUGGCAGCGACCUUGCCGUCCGAUACGGCGGGUCUGGGCGUGACGAGAGAGUGGCUCGAUGUGGACGGCGACCUGGGGCUGUCUUUCACCCUCACUAAUAACGCCAGCACGUCCAUCGAGCUGGGCAGUCUGGGCUUCCCUGCCGAGUUCAACAACAUCUUCACCAACUACACCGCAGAGGAGACCCAAGAGUACUGCAGCCUCUCGGACCCCUACAUCGGGAUGCAUGCCGGUUACAUCCGUGUCUCGCCCAUCAACGGAAAUGGUGCCGCACUGGUCGUCACGCCGCUUGGGGAUACACCCCUGGAGGCAUACCGCAACCUCGAUGAGCCAUACUACGACAGCACAGCCUACGAGAGCCAGGUCUUCGAGGGAUUGUAUGAGUGGCAGACGCUGACGGAGGCAUGGGCCGAGAACGAGUGGAACGCGAGCGAGCCCUGGAACACGCCGUCCUCCAAAGUCCUGGCCCCAGGCGAGGCUUUGACCUUUGGGCUCAAGUUCUCGCUGGCUGAUGGUGGCAUCGAGACCAUCGACGACGAGGUGCAGGCGCAGGGCGUGCCUUAUGCGCGAGGCAUCCCCGGCUUCAUCCUCCCGGCCGACCUCACAGGCCAGCUUCUCGUCAACCCUGGGUCCGCCGGCGACAUCGCCAACAUCACUGUCGACCCUGCCGGGGCCCUCACCGUCACUGAGGGCUCGAGCAGCGGCGAGUACGACGUCACACCGUCCUCCAGCGCCUUCGGUCGUGCCCGUCUCACAAUCGCCUACACGAGCGGUCAGGUCCAGACGGUUCACUACUAUGUUGUCAAAUCUGGUCCCGACCACAUUGCCGCGCUGAGCAACUUCCUCACCACCGAGCAGUAUUACACCAACACGUCGGACCCAUUUGGCCGUGCGCCCUCUGUCAUUUCGUACGACUACAGCGUUAUGGCGCCUGUCCUGCAAGACAUGCGCGUGUGGAUUGCAGGGCUGUCCGACGAGGCCGGCGCGGGCUCUUUUCUCGCGGCGAGCAUGAAGCAGGCUGCGCAGCCCAAUGCCGACGAGAUCGCCAAGCUCGAGGAUUUCGUCGCGCAGGUCCUGUACAAGACGCUGCAGCCGCCCCAGAACGGCACAUACGACGUGCGCAUGAGCAUCUUCUACUACGGCUUAGCCGGCUACCCUUACUCGAGCGCCAUCGACUGGACGACGUGGGAAUCUUGGACCGAGCCUGAGGCGUACGCGACGGACCGAGCAUACGACUAUGUCCACGUCGCAGCGAGUUACUGGGGCCUGUACCGUGCAGGGCGGGCCUACGAGGGCAUCCUGACGCAGCAGCCGUGGGACUGGUAUCUGAACCAGAGCUACAACACCGUCAUGUCCGCCAUGGCGCAGGAUAGCGAAGGGAACUGGCUCGUGGGCUACUCGACGGAUGGGCUGAUGGGCGAGACCGUGUUUGGCGAGCUCCUCAAGGACCUCACCCGGGAGGGCUGGACGACACAGGCGGCGGCCCUCGAGGCCAAGAUGCGCGCGCGGGCGGAGCUCUGGAGCACUAUGGACGACCCCUUUGGCAGCGAGAUGGCGUGGGACUCAACGGGCCAGGAGGGAGUAUACUACUGGUCCAAGUACUUUGGCUACAACUCUACAGCGGAGAAGACGCUGGCAACGGUCCUGGGGUUCCAGCCCACCGUCGCCCAUUGGGGCUGGAAUGGUAACGCGAGGCGGUACUGGGAUUUUAUAUACGGAGGCAAACUGGAACGCAUAGAGCGCCAGAUCCACCAUUACGGCUCCGGUCUCAACGCGCUUGUCGCCCUGUCUGCCUUCCGUAGCAACCCCAACGACACAUAUCUCCUGCGCAUCGGCUACGGCGGCAUGAACGGCCCACUGUCCAACAUCCGCGCUGACGGCUGCGCGUCGGCCGCGUUCCACUCAUGGCCCGAGACACUGCAGUGGGACGCUUACAGUGGCGAUUACGGUCCCAACCAUAGCGGGUUGGUUAUGGGCACGGGCACGUAUCUCGCCUGGGACGCAGAGCUGGGCCGCCUGGUGGCGUACGGCGGGCUGCUGGACGACGACGGCGCGGGGACCGUCACCGUCAGCCCGCGGGAUGUCGCCAGGAGGAAGGUGUUUGUAGGACCCAUCGGGCUGCUGGUCGAGGUGGAUGCUGGUGUCAUUGAGAGCUUCGCGUACACGACGGCCAACGCCUCGCUGGUCGUCACGCUGGGUCAGCUGGACGGUGUGCCGACCACGAACUCGACGGUCAUGUGGCUGAGCCGUGAGGAGGGGGAUGCUGGCUAUGAGGUCACGGGCACGAGUGUCACGGAGGCACGACUGGGUUGGCAAAUCCCCCUCGGAUCUGGUUCCGUGUCUGUCAAUAUCGUGCCGUCGUAACUAAUCCCUCUCUCCUCUUGGAUAAUCAACAAGCUGGAGAGAAAAUAAACAACUCCCGAACCAUGUUUGUCGUCC